GCCCACAGUACCAUUAUGUCCCCAGGUAUACGUGAUCUAUAGAGGAAGGCAACCUGUUAUGGUGAUACGGAAUCUGGACAUGGUCAAAGACAUUUUCACAAAGUAUUUUGACCAUUUCGUCAACAAAACGUCAUACGCCAUUGACGAGCCGUUCAGCCACGCUCUUCCAGAGGCGAAAGAUGAAGACUCGAAAAACAUCCGCACCACCAUCAGCCCAACGUUCAACACGGUCCGGCUAAAGCGGAUGUACGGACACAUCGAGAGCAACACCAGACGUCUGUUGCAUCACUUGAAGAAGAAACAGGAGAGAAACGAGCCGGUGGAGCUGAAGGAGGUCCUGUCUCUCUUCACCAUGGAUGUCAUCGCCAGCACGGGCUUCGGCGUGCACACCAACUCUCUCGAGGACCCGAAUAACCGGUUCUUUACAGAAAGCAAGAGAAUCAUGGACAGCGUGGGGUUAUUGCUUUUGAUAACGACGUUCUUAGAUUUCCUCAAGCCUGUCCUGAAGUUUCUCGGAAUAGCGAGCAUGCCUCGGAUGUCUCUGGACUUUUUCUCUCACUUCGUCGACGUGGUAAUUCAGGAGAAAAAGCACGAGGGCUCUGGGGCGGGUUCGAAGAGGCACGACUUUCUCCAGCUGAUGAUGGAGGCGGAAGAAGACAAGCCGGGACAGGAAAACGACAACAGGACAGAGGAAGAGGCAACAGCGCUCAAUAGUCGCAGCAGGAGCAAGCCAGGGCUCAGCCUAACUGACUUGCAGCUUCCCCAAGGACAAGCCAUCAUCUUCACCCUGGCCGGUUACGAGACGGUGUCUAGCGCCAUGACCUUCACCUUGUUCCUCCUGGCCAUGAACCCAGAGUGUCUCCACAAGGCACAGGCGGAAGUGGAAGAAGUUCUGAGCGGAAAGUUCCCGGAUUACGACGAUAUACAGUCCCUGAAGUACUUGGAUAUGUGUCUCAACGAAGUUAUCUGGAUGUUUCCGCCUGGGUUCUUACUUGGGUUCAAAUUCCGAAGGGAGUUUGUUAACUUCCCAGUUGCUAUACAUCGGGACCCAGAACUUUGGCCAGAGCCGGACACAUUCAGGCCUGAAAGAUUCACGGCAGAGAACAAGUCUACAAGACAUCCUUGUGCCCACAUUCCUUUUGGGCAGGGUCCGUGCAACUGUAUCGGCAAGAGACUGGCCCUGUUGGAGAUGAAAGUGGCUCUGGCGGCCAUCUUGCAGACGCUGACCCCGGUGUCAUGUGACCAGUCGGUGUACCCAGUGGUGCCAGAGCCUCUGCUUAUGGUGGCCAAGGGGGGAGCUUGGGUCAAGUUUGACGUCAGGAGCUGAGGGGUCACCUUUUACCAGUAUUUCUUCACGUCUGCUCAGUAUUUGAAGAUAUAUGGUCGCUUUUAAGCACAAGGGGGCUAUCCCGAAAAAUGCUGUUUUGAGAAAA